UUCUGUCGCUUGGCUGCUAAGCAGCUGAGCGAAAUAAAACCUCAGUUGGAUGCAAAUAAUGUUCGUUUAGUCGGCAUUGGUGUUGAGGAGCUUGGAGUCAAGGAGUUUAUUGAAGGAAAUUUUUUUGCUGGAGAUCUUUUUAUUGAUGUUGAAAAGAAGUGUUACAAAGAUUUGAAGUACAAAAGAUAUGGUAUGUUAAGUCUUGUACCAGCUUUAUUUGCUAAAACAUCUCGUGAUGCUGUGUCUGAAUCAAAAGCUUCUAAUCUUGGUGGAGAUUUGAAAGGAGAUUACUACCAAGUUGGUGGAACAUUAGUUGUGACUAAAGGUGCUGAAGAAGUAUUAUUGAAUCACAAGCAACAAGAGUUGGCUGAUCAUGUUGACCCUAAAGAAGUAUUGAAGUGUUUGAAUAUAACAGUUGAAUCAGAACCAAAAGAAUAAACAAAAGAACUAUUACCGAAACUUUCAUCUGAAUAACUACUUAGCAAUAAUUUUUCCUUACUUAAUAGCAUAUAAUGAAAGAGUUUUACUGCUUCGCAUAUCAGUUAUAUUGUAUCUUAAGUUAGAUUAUCAAAGGUCCAUUCAACAAUCUUAGACUUAUGUGUUAAAAAAUAAACAUAUCUUGUCCUUUUUUUUUCAUGUAAGAUAUCCAUCUAUGUUGAAUGUUCACCUUUUGAUUUUGUGACUUUAUCUCAAGCUUCAUUAAAAUGAAAUAAGUAUCCCCCCCCCCCCUCCAACUAUAAAAAAAAAUGUACUAAAACAUUAUUUAUUGCUUCACUUUUAAUUGCCCAUAUUCACCGAUUCUGAACUUGGUCAGACACCCAAAAACAUUUUUGGUCUUCAAACCAAUCAGAAGGCUUCAAAUUGCAGUUUGGGUGUCUGAUUAAAAUUCAAACCACUGGUGAAUAUGACCAUAAGGUUUUGAUGCUCAUUAAAUUUUUGAUUUUUUCAUCUUCAUACCAAAACUAUCUGGAAAUUAAUGAAUAAUUUUACUUGUUCUACUCGCCUCAAAUCUAAAUUUUGUAAUCACUCUUUUAAACAAAUUGAUUAUAAAUUUUGAAAUCUAUUCUUGAUUUUUUUAGUACUUUUUACAGAAAAAUGUACUGUGCUGCAUAUGAAAAAGAAAAAUUAUCUCAAAAACUGCCAUAAUUGUACUAGUGUAAGCAUUUUAUCAGAACUUAAAACUGAAUUCCUUUUUUUUUUUUUCUGUAUAAUGCAAGGACAAAAACUAUGUAUUCAAUCCCUUGUUCUUCAAAAAUUAAAAAAAAAAGUUUUUGUUUCUUAAGUGAUCACAAAAAUACUUCUGCCAACAAUGAAAAUUUGACAAAUAUUCCUUUUUAUAAGAAUAUAUUUUUACAACCAAAAUUUUAUGUGUGUGUUUAUAUGUGUGCUAUGCUCAGUGCAAUAAAAAUGUACUUAGUUGAAAAUUAAUGAAAGUUUUUUUUUUCUUUUGCUAAGAUGAAUGGAAAAUGUUUUUUCAAACUUAGAGUUUAUUCUUUUUGAGAUAAAAAUGAUUUUUAGUUUGAGCUUUUUUUACUAGAUAUUUUGCAAUGACAGAGCUUAUGUAUUACUGAAGAGCGUUCACACAUUGUAACUGCUUUUAAUUCUACCUCAUCAUCUAACCCAUUUCAAUACAAGAAAUGUUCUACCUUUAUUUUCUAGAAAUACACAAAUCUUUGAUUUGUUUUAGGUUACAAUUCAUAAAUUCACCAGUGUAUAUUUACAAUGUGAAUUAAAAAAGGAUCUUAAACUCUUUGAAAUCAGUUAAUAGGUCAUAGCUCUUUUAAAUUGACAUGAGUCUUUUUAUUCUCUACGCUAUCAAAAGAAUAAUUACGUUUCUUGAUAUUUAAUUCAACUUGUAGAAAGCAGUAAUAAGUUAAAAGAAAGUGAGGAAUUGAAAUGAGAAACAUAUUUUUCUAGUUAUUUUCUAACAUUUAACUUUGGAGUUGAUUGUAGCAUUGUUCUUAGUUGUGAUUUUUUUUUGAAAAAUAAUUUUAACAUGUGAUUCAUGUGUGAUUAAAAAUGACAUUUUUCUUAUGAAUUCUCAAAAUUUUGAAAAACUUCUGAGGAUGAUGCAGAUGUGCAAAAUUUAGAACAUCUGCGGAUAUAUUUAGAAAAUUUUUAUUAUUUGAACUGAUUUGUAAAAAAAAUGUCAUUUUGAAAUUCAAAUGUUAUGAAUUUUUAUUAUUAUUAUUUAGAGUUCUGCCUGUUUAAUAUAUGUUGAAUAUUUUGUAUGUGUAUUUUGAUAUUUGAAUAUUUUGCAUUUUACUUUUGUUACAAUAAAAUUUCAAGUUGGAUGUU